CUGCGGAGACACAAGGGAAGUGGCCGCCGCCGGAUCCGGAGCCGCCGCCGCCCCGGGGACCCCAGCACAAUGCCGUCGGAGAAGACCUUCAAGCAGCGCCGCACCUUCGAACAAAGAGUAGAAGAUGUUCGGCUCAUCCGAGAGCAGCAUCCCACCAAAAUCCCGGUGAUCAUAGAGCGAUACAAGGGCGAGAAGCAGCUGCCAGUCCUGGACAAAACCAAGUUCCUGGUCCCUGACCAUGUCAACAUGAGUGAGCUCAUCAAGAUCAUCAGGCGGUGUCUGCAGCUCAACGCCAACCAGGCCUUCUUCCUGCUGGUGAACGGCCACAGCAUGGUGAGCGUGUCCACGCCCAUCUCGGAGGUGUACGAGAGCGAGAAGGACGAGGACGGCUUACUGUACAUGGUGUACGCCUCCCAGGAGACCUUCGGGCGGGAGCUGUGCGUGUGCGCCUGAAGAGUGCAC